AUGCAUAUGCACCAAAUGCGUCGGCCACCCCGCCAAAUUAUCCAAUAUGCCCAUGGCGAGCUGGACCCUGCGGCGCUCGCCGUCGGAAACGGCGUGCAUCCUCCACCUGGUAUCGAUGUCGAGAACGGCGACGAGCUCGUCACGACGGUCGGGGUAUUGGUCCCCGCCGACGGAGCGGAGGAGCUCGUCGACGCCGAUGUCGGUGCGGACGAUGGCGUUGAGGACCCAUUCCAGGCCGAGGUCACGCCCUCGAGGCCGACUUUGAAGGGGUCGUUGCCGCCGAUGGUGAUUGUGCCUGCUGGUGCUAGGCGUUUUCCCGCCAAGAGGCGGAGGAGGGUGGUCUUGCCUGCGCCGUUGGCGCCGAUCAAGAGGGUGCGGGAUCUGGGGGGGAGGGAGAGGGUUAUGCCUGAGAGGCCGGUGGAGUGGUCUUGGAAGAGGUAG